CCGCCCCUCGGCAUCUCAUUAAGCGAGUGUGUUCCUCUCGCCCUGUCAAUAAUCUCCGCUCCCAGACUACUCCGUUCCUCCGGAUUUCGAUCCCCCUUUUUCUAUCUGUCAAUCAGCGCCGCCUUUGAACUGAAAAGCUCUCAGUCUAACUUCAACUCACUCAAAUCCGAGCGGCACGAGCUCCUCCUGUAUCUUCGGCUUCCCCCCCCUUUGCUCUUUAUAUCUGACUUCUUGUUGUUGUUGGUGGUGUUUUUUUUUUUACCCCCCUUUUUUUAUUUAUUAUUUUUUUGCACAUUGAUCGGAUCCUUGGGAACGAGAGAAAAAAGAAACCCAAACUCACGCGUGCAGAAGAUCUCCCCCCCCUUCCCCUCCCCUCCUCCCUCUUUCCCCUCCCCAGGAGAAAAAGACCCCAAAGCAGAAAAAAAGUUCACCUUGGACUCGUCUUUUUCUUGCAAUAUUUUUUUUGGGGGGGUAAAACUUUUUGGGUUUUUUUUUUUUUUUUGGCUUUUCUUCCUCCUUCAUUUUUCUUCCAAAAUUGCUGCUGGUGGGUGAAAAAAAUGCCGCAGCUGAACGGCGGUGGAGGAGAUGACCUAGGCGCCAACGACGAACUGAUUUCCUUCAAAGACGAGGGCGAGCAGGAGGAGAAGAGCUCCGAAAACUCCUCGGCAGAGAGGGAUUUAGCUGAUGUCAAAUCGUCUCUAGUCAAUGAAUCAGAAACGAAUCAAAACAGCUCCUCCGAUUCCGAGGCGGAAAGACGGCCUCCGCCUCGCUCCGAAAGUUUCCGAGAUAAAUCCCGGGAAAGUUUGGAAGAAGCGGCCAAGAGGCAAGAUGGAGGGCUCUUUAAGGGGCCACCGUAUCCCGGCUACCCCUUCAUCAUGAUCCCCGACCUGACGAGCCCCUACCUCCCCAACGGAUCGCUCUCGCCCACCGCCCGAACCCUCCAUUUUCAGUCCGGGAGCACACAUUACUCUGCGUACAAAACGAUUGAACACCAGAUUGCAAUUCAGUAUCUUCAGAUGAAAUGGCCGCUGCUUGACGUUCAGGCGGGGACCCUCCAGAGCAGACAAGCCCUCAAGGAUGCGCGCUCUCCGUCGCCGGCACACAUCGUCCAGUGCCCCCUCCCUUGCUGCACUCAGGGACAUGACUGUCAGCACUUCUACCCCCCCUCAGACUUCACUGUCAGCACUCAAGUCUUCAGGGACAUGAAAAGGAGCCACUCCUUACAAAAGGUUGGGGAGCCCUGGUGUUUGGAGUCGAACAAAGUGCCGGUUGUGCAACACCCUCACCAUGUCCACCCUCUCACGCCUCUUAUCACGUACAGCAAUGAACACUUCACGCCGGGAAACCCACCUCCACACUUACCAGCUGACGUAGACCCCAAAACAGGAAUCCCACGGCCUCCGCACCCUCCAGAUAUAUCUCCGUAUUACCCGCUAUCGCCCGGCACCGUAGGACAAAUCCCCCAUCCGCUAGGAUGGUUAGUACCACAGCAGGGUCAGCCAGUGUACCCCAUCACGACAGGAGGAUUCCGUCACCCCUACCCCACAGCUCUGACGGUCAACGCUUCCAUGUCCAGCUUUCUGUCUUCUAGGUUCCCUCCCCACAUGGUCCCUCCGCAUCACACUCUCCACACGACCGGCAUCCCCCACCCGGCCAUAGUCACGCCCACAGUCAAGCAGGAAUCCUCGCAGAGUGACGUCAGCUCCCUCCACAGCGCAAAGCAUCAGGACUCCAAAAAGGAAGAAGAGAAGAAGAAGCCCCACAUAAAGAAACCCCUUAACGCGUUCAUGUUGUAUAUGAAGGAAAUGAGAGCGAAGGUCGUAGCUGAGUGCACGUUGAAAGAAAGUGCAGCCAUCAACCAGAUCCUGGGCCGAAGGUGGCACGCACUGUCCAGAGAAGAGCAAGCGAAGUACUACGAGCUGGCCCGGAAGGAGCGACAGCUUCACAUGCAGCUGUACCCCGGCUGGUCCGCACGGGAUAACUAUGGGAAAAAGAAGAAGAGGAAAAGGGACAAGCAGCCCGGGGAGACCAAUGAACACAGCGAAUGUUUCCUAAAUCCUUGCCUUUCACUUCCUCCGAUUACAGACCUGAGCGCUCCUAAGAAAUGCCGAGCGCGCUUUGGCCUUGAUCAACAGAAUAACUGGUGCGGCCCUUGCAGAUGCAAAUACUCCAAAGAAGUGUCGGGCACUGUUCGGGCUUGACCGACAGACUUUAUGGUGCAAACCAUGCAGGAGAAAAAAAAAGUGCGUUCGCUACAUACAAGGUGAAGGCAGCUGCCUCAGUCCACCCUCUUCAGAUGGAAGCUUACUAGACUCGCCUCCUUCCUCCCCCCACCUGCUAGGCUCCCCUCCCCAAGACGCCAAGUCACAGACUGAGCAGACCCAGCCUCUGUCGCUGUCCCUGAAGCCCGACCCCCUGGCCCACCUGUCCAUGAUGCCUCCGCCGCCCGCCCUCCUGCUGGCCGAGGCCGCCCACGGCAAGGCCCCCGCCCUCUGUGCCAACGGGGCCCUGGACCUGCCUCCCGCCGCCCUGCAGGCCCCCCUCCUCCCCUCCUCAUCUCUGGCACAGCCGUCGACAUCUUCCUUACAUUCCCACAACUCUCUGGCCGGGACCCAGCCCCAGCCGCUCUCCCUGGUCACCAAGUCUUUAGAAUAGCUUUACCCUCCUCCGCCCGGUUGCUUUCGUGGAGUGUUUCGUUUGGCUUUUCUUUAUUUCCCUCCCUCCUGCAACCCCUGCCCCCAGCGCACCCCCCCCCCCCCGCGCUUCUGGAAGGUUUUGUUUGGUCCUUUUUUCAGUUUGUGCCACGUGGCUACAUUAGUUAAUGUUUAUCGAGUUCAUUGGUCAAUAUUUGACCCAUUCUUAUUUCAAUUUCUCCUUUUAAAUAUGUAGAUUGAGAGAAGAACCUCAUGAUUCUACCAAAAUUUUUAUCAACAGCUGUUUAAAGUCUUUGUAGCGUUGAAAAAAUAUAUAUAUAUACAUAACUGUUAUGUAGUUCGGAUAGCUUAGUUUUAAAAGACUGAUUAAAAAACAAAAAGGAAAAAAAAAAAAGAAGCAAUUUUGAAGCAGCCCUCCAAAAGGAGUUGGUUCUGUAUUAUUUGUAUUAAAUACGAGCUUGCGAACCAAUCAUUUUACAUCUGGUUUUUAAACCAUAAGGGCACGACGAAUGCAGUGCCAUAUACUUUUUUUUUUUUUCUGUGUGAAACAACUUUUAUUGUGAUGUUACUUGUUAUUGUUUAAAUGUACAGAAACAAAGGGUUAAAAUGUGUUAAUAUACCUUGUUCCAUGGUGUUGUUCUUUUGGGGGGAGGGGGAUGCUACUCAACAAUUAAUGGAAUCACAACGCUGUUGGACCAGUAGUAUUUAUUGCUUUAGAGAUUGCUCGUCGAACUUGUACGUUGUCCCUUUUAAAAUAUGUUUUCCUUUUUCUUGAAACUGUAUAAAGUUUUUUUUUCCCCUUAGCAUAUGCCUCUUAUAUAUAACAACUCAUUUGUACAAGGUUUUUAAGUUUAUAUAUAAAAUGUGUAUAUAUAUAUUUUUUGUUUCCCUUUUGGAUUUUUUUUUUUUUUUUUUUUUUUUUUUUUUGCCGUAUGAAACCCAGAUGCCGCCAAAUGGACAUUAAUAGUUGCAUUAAAGGAUCAGUAGCAUUAACAAACGUUGCUUUAAAAGCCAUUCUGUAAAACAAGACUUGAAAAUUAGUGAGGGGAAUUUUAGCGACGCUGUAUGAGCAGCAGUGGGAACGGUCAGUCCCGUUACCCCUGUGGACCCACAGUCGAAUGCCCUGCACCCUUAGGACAUGGACUGACUGUGUGCAAAACUUUAUGUGCCAAAAUUCUCAGUGACUUUAGCUUUCUCCCUCUUUUUGAUGCUGUAAUUUUCGUUCAUCAUGUUUUGCUGUGAUGUUACAUAGGUAGAUUUGUAUGUAGUUUUUAAUGUCACCUAUAACAAGAUGUGUUUGGUAGCAGAUUUUCCAGAAAGCAUUUUAAAUGAAGAGGUAUAAACCCUUAAGGGCCAAAAUUCUGUAUAUUAGAUUACUCUUCAAGGAAAAACCAGCUGCUGCUUUUAUGUACCUGUAUGACAUACAAGUAGGUAGCAGACUUUAAAAAUAAAAAAAACCUAGGCAUGUUGAUGUUACAAAAUGCUGUAUAAAGCUGAAACCUGUUCAUUCAGUGCCAUUGUAGUUGACAUGAAGCGAUUGUAAAACUGUCUCCGAUUUUUCUCUGGUUUAUUAAAAUGCUAACUAUAACAUUUUUUGUGAAUACUUUGAAUGUUUCCUAACAGUUGUGAUGUUACUGUUCCGUUUUAUGCUCUUAUUCCAAUUUCAUUUUUAAUGGUUUGGAAGCCAUUUUUGUAAUGAAUAAAUGUUCAUGCUGUACAGUAUCUGUAGCAUGCCGUUCUGGAUUAAUAAAAGCAACUUAGUAUGUGCAGAUAAA